AUGCGACAGAUGAUCGAUGCCAUAAGAACAGCAUUGAGGUCAUUGGGCAAUGAUGAGACGUCGAUGAGUGUUUCGGCCUACGACACAGCGUUGGUCGCCCUUGUCAAGAACCUUGACGGAGGUGAUGGACCACAAUUCCCCUCAUGCAUCGACUGGAUUGUUCGAAAUCAACUUCUAGAUGGUUCGUGGGGUGAUCCCGCAUUCUUUAUGGUCCAAGAUCGGAUGAUCAGCACCCUCGCUUGUGUGGUGGCAGUGAAGUCUUGGAACAUUGACAGCAACAACUUAUGUGACAGAGGUGUGUUAUUUAUCAAGGAAAAUAUGAGUAGGCUGGUAGAAGAGGAACAGGACUGGAUGCCAUGCGGCUUUGAGAUUAACUUCCCAGCACUCCUAGAGAAGGCCAAGGACCUGGAUUUGGACAUCCCUUACAAUCACCCUGUUUUGGAAGAGAUAUUUGCUAAGAGGGAUUUAAAGCUCUCUAAGAUACCUCUAGAUGUGCUACACACCAUACCAACCACCUUACUUUUCAGCCUAGAGGGAAUGGUAGAUUUACCAUUGGAUUGGGAAAAGCUACUCAGGUUGAGAUGUCCAGACGGCUCUUUCCAUUCCUCGCCGGCUGCCACAGCUGCUGCCCUCAGUCACACCGGCAACAAGGAAUGCCUUGCGUUCCUAGACAAGCUCGUCAAAAAGUUCAAGGGGGGAGUGCCAUGUAGCCACUCUAUGGAUACUUUCGAGCAGGUAUGGGUGGUCGAUCGGCUUAUGCGUCUGGGGAUAUCAAGGCACUUCACAACUGAAAUUCAACACUGCUUAGAGUUUAUUUACAGGCGCUGGACAUGGAAGGGACUGGCUCAUAACGCGCACUGCCCAAUCGCAGAUAUUGAUGACACAGCCAUGGGCUUCCGUAUCCUCCGUCAGCAUGGCUACGACGUCACUCCAU